AAAUCUUGAGGUUUUGACCCUUGGCAAAGGUCAGUUAGCGGAGACCUUUUUUCUAGCGAUAACAGAUUGCCACUCAUUGAAGAGUUUGACUGUCAAUGAUGCCACUUUUGGUAAUGGAAUCCAGGAGAUCCCAAUUUAUCAUGAUAGACUGCGUGAUCUUCAGAUAGUGAAGUGCCGUGUGCUCCGUGUUUCUAUCAGGUGCCCCCAGCUUGAAACCUUGUCUCUGAAGCGCAGUAGUAUGCCACAUGCUGUUCUCAAUUGUCCCCUUUUGCAUGACCUUGAUAUAGGUUCUUGUCACAAGCUUUCAGAUGCUGCAAUUCGAUCAGCAGCAACGUCAUGCCCGCUCUUGGAAUCCUUGGAUAUGUCAAACUGUUCUUGUGUUAGUGAUGAGACAGUACGUGAAAUAGCUAGGGUCUGUGUAAAUCUCAGCAUCCUUGAUGCUUCAUACUGCCCGAACAUCUCUCUUGAGUCUGUGAGACUUCCAAUGUUGACAGUCCUUAAGCUUCACAGCUGUGAGGGUAUAACAUCAGCUUCAAUGGCCGCCAUAUCUUAUAGUGACUUGUUAAAGGUUCUUGAGCUGGAUAAUUGCAGCUUAUUGGCAUCAGUAUCAUUGGACCUGCCACAUUUGGAGAACAUAAGGCUUGUGCAUUGUCGCAAAUUUGUUGAUUUAAGUCUCAGAAGCAGUGUGCUGUCAUCAAUUACAGUUUCAAAUUGUCCUGCUCUCCAAAGAAUCAAUAUCACAUCUAAUAACCUUAAAAAAUUAGUUUUACAGAAGCAAGAAAGCUUGACCUCAUUGACAUUGCAAUGCCCAUUCUUGCAAGAAGUAGACCUCACUGAAUGUGAAUCAUUGACAAACUCUAUUUGCGAAGUUUUCAGUGAUGGAGGUGGCUGCCCUGUAUUGAGAUCAUUAGUCCUGGAUAGUUGUGAGGUUUGUCGUUUUAAUUCUUUUUUUCUUUUUCUACUCUGUUUCUUUUUUAAUUAUAUUUUCCUGGUAUUUUAAAAGAAGAUACUUUGCCCCUGUUU